CAGAUUAUAGCCACUACUAAUACAAUUUUUCGACGAUAGACCAAAAAGCAUUUAGAACUUAAUAUAAUAUUUACCUCAUUUAUUAUAUUAAGAGUAGAGUAUUUUCUUUUAAUAGCUAUACAUACUGAUCUAUACGCGUCAGAAAAUGUAUAAUUCUGAUAAUAGCGAUGAAGUUCUGCGAUGUCCUUACAAUAAACAUCACUUUGCACCAAAAUCGAGAUUUCAGCGGCAUCUUGUAAAAUGCGAAAAAAAUUACCCGCCAGAUUACAAGGUCAUUUGCCCGUACAAUGCAACGCAUCGCUUAAGCAAAAGCGAGAUUGGAGAACAUAUCAAUACGUGUCCUAUGAGAAACAUUGUUGAAGCAAGUUAUAUUCAAUUACCAAGUACUCAUAAUAUGAUGAAAUCAUUGGAAGAAUGUAAAUCUACACAUGAGAUUGAUAGCGAUGUGUUCUGGGAAAGUCAAGAAGAUAUUAGAAAGUUGACAAAAAUUCCUUUAAAUUCCAAAUUCAAAGACCAAACCAAUGAAUCUAUCGAUGGAAAUAUAGAGUCGUUUGAUAGCACAAUGAAUAUUGGACAAGAUAAUUCAAUACGUCACUAUCGUGAAUAUCUCAGCAAUGAAUCGAUUAGAGAUAAUGUGGAAUCAAUUGGACGAGGCAGAAUGUCUAGCAAUGCCGAGUAUCGUAGAAGAUUCAUGAUGUAAAAGAAGGAACAAACUAAAUUGUUUCUUAAAACUAACAUAAACAGAAGAAAAAUGUAAUAUAGACAUAACAAUGUGAUAGAUAAACUUGACAAAAGUAAAAUAAUAAAAAAAUAUUUUUUUAUAUUUUAUAAUAAAAUGAGAAUAAAAAUAUUUUAACUAUCUU